UCCCUUUCCUCGGUUGCCUGGGAGGAAGAAAGACCGCCUCUCCCUGGGCUUGGUAGGCUGGGGUGGGCAGCCUACACCUCUUCUGGCCCCUGGCUACAGUUAAGGACUCCUUGGGAGGGCCAGCAAAGCCGCUAAGGCCCUUAGUCAUCAUGGCCUUGAAACCAGAAGACCCCAGUAGUGGAUUCCAGCAUGACGCAGUGGUAGCUUUCAUCAAUGAGAAGAUGGCCAGGCACCCAAAAGGCCCCGAGUUCUACCAUGAAAAUCUGUCUCUGUCCUGGGAAGAGAUAGAAGACAAGAUCAGGGCCAUCCUGGAGGACAGCGAGGUGCCCAGUGAAGCUCAAGAGGCCUGUGCCUGGGGCAGCCUGGCUCUGGGAGUGCACUUAGCUUGCAAGCAGCAGCACUUACAGGGGCACCAGGUGCAGUGUCUGCAGGACUUUGCCAAACUGCACAAGUCAUCCACAAAUGCCUUGGUCUCAAAUCUGAAGGAGCUCAUGGAGCAGCAGGAAAUGGAGCGCAAGGAAGCUGCCUUCCAGCUGCAGCUGGUCCACACCAAACUGGCCCAGGUGCAGAAAGAGCGGGACCUCCUGAGGUGGAAGCUUGUGCAGGCGGAGCUGAGGGUUCUCCCAGACCCUGCUGUGGAGGGGGCAGACGUGGCUGCUGUCGGAGAGGUGGCGACACUAGGAGCAGGUGAGAAGCAAGAGGUGGCAGAGGCUGAAACUAGUGCUACCGGUGAAGGAAGAGGAGAAGAGGAAAAAGAGGAGGCCACACAGGCUCUGAAUAGAAGCUUCCUGCAGCUUCUUGGAGUUGCCCAGCAGAAAAAUUACACCUCUGACAGAGAGAGGGAGGGUGCUAUUAGGCCUGUGGAAACAGCCACGCUUUAUCUCUCUGGGACCCUGAAGGCCACAGCCACCACCUCACCAGAUCCCCUUCCUGUCCAGCUCCCUGCCUCGUUCACAUACAGCUACUCAAGCCCCUUGUCCGAUUUCCCAUUCACAUCCACACCAUCCCCACUGGCAGCCACGAUCACAGCACCUGUUCCUUCUCAGAUGGCCCCCCACUGCUCAGCCUCUGAUGUUAGCUUGUGCUCUGAUGUGGGGGCUCAAGGAACACAAGAAACACAAGAGAGACUCUGAAUUCCAUCAGCAGAGAAAACAUCCAGCAUUUGCAAUCCUAGGGAUUGGAACUGCCCUUGGUGUAAAGCCAUGAAUUUUUCUCAAAGGAAAAAAUUGCUUCCACUGUAGAAGGGAAAUCUGCCUGC